UAUCUUAAACUAAUGAUAUGUAAUACACUUGAUUAUCAUGAGGCUAAAACGCCAGAUAAUGUAUCAUUUGAUUAUUUUUUAUUUAUUUUUUGUUGGAGAACAUUGGAACAAUAAAGUUUUUUGUCGCUUUAUUGCUAAGCGGGUCACAUGAUUUCUUUCAGAGAAGGGAGGAGGUGGGACAAACAUGGCCGACCUGGCAGAGAACGUAAACACAGCUUGUGAUGAUGGUGUAGAAAAACAAGAAGAAGAACCUACAGUUUUAGAUUCCGAAGAGUUCGAGGAGCUCAGCGACCGCGUAGAGCAGGACGCAGCCGGGAAGGCGUCCCCUGUCGCGGCAGAGAACAGCUGGUCGGCUCCUAUCUUCUCUUUGGCUCGGAAGGCCAGUGAAACGAUUAGCCAUGGAAUGAGCUACGCUGCUCCCAGAAAGCUCUCCCACGGGUCGUCUGCGAGCUCCUUCAACGAGAAAGAGUCUGAAAAUGACACCAACAGCUCCUCCAAGAUACUACCCGUUCUGCCAGCUAAAGACCCCAUGGGGAUAGAAAGAUCCAACCUGCUCAGCAUGAUGAAGCUGAGCAUUAAAGUUCUGAUCCAGUCCUCAAUGAGCCUGGGCAGGACUCUGGACUCGGAGUACCCUCCUCUGCAGCAAUUCUUUGUUGUCCUCGAGCAAUGCCUUAAACAUGGUCUGAAAACCAAGAAAUCCUUCAUUGGUCAGAACAAGUCCAUUUGGGGACCUCUGGAGUUGGUUGAGAAGCUGUGUCCAGAGUCUGCCAACAUUUCAACCAGUGCCAGAGAUCUACCUGGCAUUCGAACGGGUUUAGGUCGAGGGCGGGCCUGGUUGCAUUUGGCGCUCAUGCAGAAAAAAAUAGCGGACUACAUUAAAGCUCUGCUGGACCACAAGGACCUCCUGAGUGAGUUUUAUGACUCUGGAGCGAUGAUGUUGGAAGAAGAAGGCGCCGUAUUAGGUGGUUUGCUUGUGGGCCUCAACGUCAUUGAUGCAAACCUCUGCAUCAAAGGGGAGGACCUUGAUUCUCAGGUGGGAGUCAUCGACUUUUCUCUUUACCUAAAAGAUCCUGCAAGCUCUGAAACACCAAAAGACGAUGCUAAGAUGACGGCGAUAUUAGAUCAGAAGCACUAUAUUGAGGAGUUGAAUCGCCACCUAAGUGGAACCGUCACCGACCUUCAGGCUAAGUUGGAUUCUAUAGAGAAGACCAACAGCAAGCUUGUAGAGGAGCUCACAGCAGCAACAGACAGAAUCAACUCUCUGCAGGAUGAACAGGAACAUCUUAAGAAGGAAAAUGAGUCAAUUCUGCAGUGCAGCCAGAAGAAGGAAGAGGCAGCGCUUCAGGACAGUCAGGUGGAGCUGGAGACCUACAAACAGACUCGACAAGGCCUGGAUGAGAUGUACAACGUGGUGUGGCAGCAGUACAAAGAGGAGAAGCGGAUUCGACAGGAGCUGCAGCGUGAACUGGAGCUCCAGGUGGGCUUGAAGCAGGAGAUGGAGGUUGCCAUGAAGCUGCUGGAGAAGGACUCCCACGAGAAACAGGACACGCUGGCCGCCCUACGGCUCCAGCUGGAACAAGUCAAAACGCUCAACCUGCAGAUGUUCCACAAAGCUCAGGAAUCGGAGAGACAAGCGGAGAAGAAGGAGGCGGAGGCCUUGCAGCUGGAGCAGAGGAUGAAAGACAUGGAGAAAGCCAUGGAGGAGUUGGAGCAGAGACUGCAGAACUCUGAGCGUGAACGCAAGCAGAGUGACCAGUCGGAUAAAGACAUGAAAGUGGAACUGGAAGGAAAAGUGGAUGCUUUGCAGAAACAGCUGACAGACCUGGACACACUAAGGCUGGGUUUGGAAAAUGAGCUGCGCGUUGAGAAGGAGCAGAGACAAAGCUUGCAGAAAGCCCUGCAGCGAGAGCAGGACAACAGCUCGGAGCUCCGCACGCAGCUGCAGCAGCUCCAGGGCCUGCAUGUGGAGCUUCAGGAGUUGAAGCAUGAGAAGCAGCAGCUGCAGGAGAGGUGUGAGCAGCAGGAACAGGCCCUGCAGGAGAUGGGCCUGCAUCUGAGUCAGUCCAAACUUAAAAUGGAGGACUUUAAAGAAGUCAACAAAGCCCUGAAGGGCCACGCGUGGCUGAAAGACGAUGAAGCCACCAGCUGUAAACAGUGUCUGAAGGAGUUCUCCAUCUCACGAAGAAAGCAUCACUGCAGAAACUGUGGAGACAUCUACUGCAACAGUUGUUCCAGCAACGAGCUGGCCUUGCCCUCCUAUCCUCGGCCUGUGCGAGUGUGCGACAUGUGCCACUCCCUCCUGCUGCAGAGAAGCUCCUCGACGGCUUCCUGACACCACAGACUUAGCUGGAACACUGAAGACACCAAUCGCAAAGAAUUAGAACCAUUAUGUUAAACUGUUGAUUUGUUGUUUCAUUUUCUGAUAUUCACUUCAUGCUUUGUCCAGUGUUUUUAACCAACGAGCUCCACCUUAAAAUUGUUUCGACACCUUCAAUAUACAGUCAAAUAUACAAUUGUGUUGUUUUACUUUUGUGUUGGUAGACUGCUGCUCUGCAGGAAUGACACACAGAACCAAUUGACAUUUUAAAACUGAUUUUUUUUAAUUAAUUUUGACAGAAACUCACCACAUUUUAUUAAACAAAAUCAGCUUCAGUUCUUUGUCUUCGAGGCUCAUAUUCAGGAUCGGAUGGUUUUUACAAGAACUUGUUAAACAAGGAAACUUGUGACUCACAAAACCAAAUCUUUGCAAGUAUGUUACCAAUUCUGCCAUUUUAAUUAAUUGCAGUUUGGAUUCAGCUUCUGGUUCAUAUCUGGCUUUUAAAACUUCUCUGGUUGGGUUUCCAGUGAGUUUUAACGGCUUUAGUGACACUUAAUUAGGGAGCCAAUGGAUUUUCAAGUCAGUGACACUUUUUUGCUUACAACUUUCUAAACUUUUUUACGAUUCAAUUUAAAAUCCCUUCAUGGUACUUCUGUGAGAAUUUCUUAGUAACUCGAGACUUAAUGUUGAUGUGCUGCUGUUUUAUUUUAACAGUUCUGCUAAGGAUGUAAGUUUGUGUAAACGACCGUGGAAUGUCGACAGAAACUUGUUUCGUUUUUGUAGAUCCAUAAAUCUGUUUCUAUAAUUGGAGAAUUUUGAUUUAACAUUCUUACGAAUUUAUUAAAUAAACUUGCAACAUUUUUUCAAUGACAUAUUCCAGAGUACUUUUAUUCACUUUGUGCACAGAAAAUACAAAUAGAAUUUGAAGCAGUAAAAACCUCCAUCGUAGCAAAUUGGAAAUUGGGUUGCCCGUGAUACAGACUUCCUUCAAAAAAAAAAAUAACUGUAGAAAAAGAAAGCACGCUCAGACCACACCAAAAUUCAAUUUGGGGUAACAUUUUAACUGGAAAUAAAAAGCUGUAGAGGCAGACACAAAGUAAAAUAUCAAAAGGACAGCAGACAUUUGCAGUUUCCCUGCUCAUGCAUUCAGACUUUGCAAGGUGUGUUUUAACCCACCAACUUAACAAGUGUACACUAUGAUUCCUAGACUGGCGUUUGGGGAUCAGCAACGCAAAACAACUUUGGGUCGUAGAAAUGAAAGCGAGGUUUAUGUAAAUCUGAGGAACGGGUCAGGUUAACACUUCAGACAUUUCUCGUGGAAACAAGACGGUUCAGCUUCUCUUUGAAGGUCAUUUUCUUAUAAAAUCAAAAAAUUACGCCCUCAACAUUUUCAAAACCUCAACUGACUACAGAGUUUACAAGGCGAAGCUCAAAGUUUCAGUCCUUUUAGCAAAAAUGCUGACUUAAAGAAAAAAAAAAAAAAGAAAUCUAACAAGUGGA